AUGUCUGGAGAACUUAUUCUGAUCACUGGUACGACCGGUUUUGUUGGGUUUGCCGUACUGCAAAAGGCCCUCCAAGCUGGGUACAAGACUCGUAUUGCUGUUCGCAAAGAAAGCCAGAUUGGGCAGUUGAAAAGCCAUAGACUCAUCAAAGACUUCGCUGCAAAAGGUUUCGUCGAAGGUGUGGUGGUCCCAGAUAUUGGAGCCGAAGGAGCAUUUGACGAGGCUCUCAAAGAUGUCGUAGGCGUCUUGCACAUUGCGAGUCCACUUGGAAGACCAAACAUCGAGGAUACAGAGAAUGAGCUUGUGAAACCGGCAGUGAAUGGCAGUCUGAGCAUCUUGAAGUCUGGACUCAAGUUCCCACAGCUUCGCAGAAUUGUAAUCACUAGUUCAGCAGUCGCGAUCAUGACCGACCAAGUCAUCGAUGCCGCAAACCCACCCAUUGUAUACACAGCCAACACUCGCGUAUCCCCACUUCCAACCGCUCCUUUCCCAAACGAUCCAUGGGCUGGCUACCGCAUCGCCAAACAACUGGCUCUCGACGCAACAGAGAAAUUUAUCGCAGAGAAAAAGCCUCAGUAUACCGUCGUUAAUCUCAUGCCUGGAUAUGUCUUCGGCAGAAACGAACUUGCUGAGAAAGCACAAGAUCUUCUCGACGGAAGCAAUGCCAUCGUCCUCGGCACUGUUCUCGGUGCUAUUCAAGGAGCAAAGAGGGAAGGUUUCACGACUCCGGUGACUGAUUUGGCUCGUAUUCAUGUCGAGGCUCUUGGUGAGAAAGUGAAAGGAAACCAAAGUUUCUUGCUUCUCGCUGGGAAGGAGGGCGAUAAAGCGGAAUUCAACCGCGCGAAUGAGAUUGCGAAGACUGAGUUCGCUGAUGCGGUUGCUGAAGGGAUUUUGAAUCCUGUCGGAAGUACUGAGGCCGUGCAUCAACAAGUUGACAAGAGUAUCACGACCGAGAUCUUUGGUCCACUGGAGACUUAUGAAGAUGGGGCCAGGGCUGUUAUUGCGCAGUACGUUGAGUUGAAGAGGAAGGAGGCGAGUAAGUGA